AUGCCUGUAAAAAUCGUUGCACGCCGUUCAGAAGAUCGUGGUUAUGCAAACCACGGCUGGUUAGAUACUCAUCAUACUUUCUCGUUCGCUAGUUAUUAUGAUUCGCAAUUCCAAGGUCUCGGAUCGUUACGUGUUAUUAACGAAGAUAAAGUCGAACCGCAAUCAGGAUUCGGGACUCAUUCUCAUCGCGAAUUCGAAAUAUUCUCGUAUAUUAUCUCGGGAGAGCUAGAGCAUCGUGAUUCAAUAGGAAAUGUAGAAAUUCUCAAACGCGGUGAUGUUCAAUUCACGACAGCUGGAACUGGGAUUUCUCAUUCGGAAUACAAUGUACAUCCCUCAUUACCAGUGCAUUUUCUUCAAAUCUGGGUAAAACCCGACACUGCUCGUCUCACACCAGAAUAUCACACAAAAUCGCUUACCGAUAACGAGAAAACGAAUUCACUUGUACAUAUAAUUGCACCAGCGUCAAACAAUAAUAGUUCAACUAUUGGUAUACACACCGACUUCAAUAUGUAUGCUAGUAUUUUAGAACCAGAUCAUAGCGUAAAGCAUGUAGUUCAGGGAGAAGGAAACACGGGUAGAAGAUUAUAUGUGCAUUUAACUAAUGUUGGUGGUCAAAUUAAAGUUUUGGGAAAAGAACUGUUGAAGCAAGGUGAUGGAGCUUUCUUGACGGAUGCUUUACCUGGUGAAGAAAUUUUAUUCGAAAAUGUUGGUGUGCUUAUUCAUAAUUUUGGUCUAAAUUUGGGA